UUUGCAAAUAUAUAUUGGUUCUGUCCUUGCUGUGAUUUCAGGCAUAUACAUGGAGCAGCUGAUUCCUGGUUUACCUAAUGAUAUUGCUCGAGAUUGCUUGUUUCGCAUACCCUACAGUUUUCUGUCAGAUUCUUCUUAUGUAUGCAAAGAUUGGAACCAUGAGAUUGAGCAACCGGACUUUCUACGGCUGCGAAAAGCCACCGGCCGUAGUCAGGCCAUCGUUGUAAUGGCACAAGCACGGUCUAACCGGGGAAAUCGGACUCCGCCGGAGUUCAGGCUCUCAGUUUUUGAACCCAAGUCGAGCAAAUGGGAGGAGCUGCCUCUGUUCUCUGGGUUUUCUAAAGGACUGCCGAGGUUUUGCCAAGUGGUCGGAGUCGGGUCGGAUUUGGUUGUGAUGGGCGGGUUGGAUCCAUGCACUUGGGAAGUGUCCAAUAGUGUGUUUAUUUACAAUUUUGUGUCGGCAACUUGGCGCUGUGGAGCGAACAUGCCAGGUGUCAAGAGGUCUUUUUUUGGAUGCACAUCCGAUGAUGAUAAGCGGAUGGUGUUUGUCGCUGGUGGACAUGACAAUGAGAAGAAUGCUUUGAGAUCAACGAUGGCUUACGAUGUGGCAAAAAACAAGUGGAUUAUCAUGGCUGACAUGAUCAGAGAACGCGACGAAUGUAAAGCGUUAUUCCACCAUGGCAAGCUCCAUGUCAUUAGUGGAUAUUGUACCAUAACACAAGGUCAAUUUGAAAGAAGUAUAGAGACUUUCAAUCCGGUCACCUCCAAGUGGGAAGUCAAAGAGGACUUCUUGCCUGCCAAUGUGUCUCCCAAGUCCUGUGUGGCAGGCCAUGACGGAAAACUUUACAUGUCAUCGGAAAGCCACAUGACAGCAUGGGACGGUGCCGCAUGGCAGGCGGUUUCUCAAAUUCCGGCUGAUGUGGGUUCCGCGACUACAUGGCAGGAGAAGCUGUUGGUGACCGGGUCUGGUGAGGGCCAAAUGGCCUAUGUUCUGGAUUUGAGUAGCUACUCUUGGACGAAAAUUAAGAUGCCUGAGGAAUGUAGAGGUCAUGUGUACUCAAGCUGUUACUUGGAAAUCUAAAUUGUUGGGC